AUGACUGGAACGAAGGCUAAAGCGACAGAAUGCAGCUUCGCAAUUGCUCAUUGCAUAGCUGCCAAAGGCAAACCCUUUACAGAUGGAGAAUAUAUAAAGGAAAUUUUUAUAAAAAGUGCUGAAAAGUUGUUUAGCGAUUUACCUAACCAACAAACCAUAUUAUCCCGAAUUCAAGAAAUACCGGCUUCUGCGCGAAUAAUUGAAAGAAGAAUAACUGAAAUGGCAGACAAUGUAACAACAAAACAGAAUGCUGGAUUACAAGAAGCUGUUUCAUUUAGUGUUGCUGUUGAUGAAAGUACCGACGUAAAUGAUAUUGCGCGGCUUGCAGUAUUUGCACGGUAUUGUGAUAAAGAUCAAGUUUAUGAAGAAUUGUGUACUUUGAUUCCUCUGUCUGGGACAACUAAGGGGGAGGAUAUUCUUUCUUCAUUCAUAAGUUAUUUUGACAGCAAGAACAUUAAUGUCAAAAAAAUAUUUUCUGUAACUACUGACGGCGCAGCUGCAAUGAUUGGCAAAGAUAGAGGAUUUGUCAAACUUCUUGAAAAUCAUAUUGGACAUAAAAUAUUGAACUUCCAUUGUAUAAUACACCAGGAAAGUUUAGUUGCCAAAAUUUCGUCACAGCGCUUAAUUCCUGUAAUGAACACUGUUGUUAAAAUAGUUAAUUUUAUAGUGUCUCGCUCUUCACUAACACACAGACAAUUUAAAUCUCUUUUAGAAGAAAUGGAAAGUGAAUAUGUUGACCUUCCCUCAUACAGCUAUGUUCGUUGGCUUAGUCGAGGCAAUGUCUUAAAUAAGUUUGUGUCAUGUCUGGAACCCAUCAAAGUUUUUCUUAACGAAAAGGAACAACAUUUCCCCGAAUUGAACGAUGAAGAAUGGUUAGGCAAAUUAAUGUUUCUGACCGAUGUAACAAAUCAUCUAAAUGAACUAAACUUGAAAUUGCAAGGAAAGCGCCAAACGGUGCUCGAAUAA